AAGAGUGCAAAGAAAGGAAUAUUAAAAGUUAAAGAGAUCAAAGUUUUCUCAUCAAAGAGGAGGUAACAUAUGGAGGAGGCACAUAAGGGGGAGCAACACAAAGAGAAAGGAGGAAAAGAAGUGAGGUACCGUGGUGUGAGAAAGAGGCCAUGGGGUAAGUAUGGUGCAGAAAUUAGAGACCCUACAAAACCUACGGGAAGACAAUGGUUAGGAACAUUUGACACAGCAGAAGAAGCAGCUAGAGCUUAUGAUCGUGCAGCCAUUGAAUUGAGGGGUGGUCUUGCAAUCCUUAAUUUCCCUGAAGUGUACGAUUCUCAUCUCCCUUUUGUGUUAUCAAACCCUUCUGCCACUGCCAAUGGAAGUUCUUUUGCUGCACAACGCAAGGAAGUCAUUGAGUUCGAGUGUUUGGAUAACAAAGUGUUAGAAGAUCUUCUUGAGUUAGAAGUGAAGAGAAGGAACUGAACGAUUACCUUUUUUGAGCCCAUUUUUUUUUCACCUUGUAUUAUUAAUAUAUGAACUUGUGUUUUAAUCUAGGGUUCAUGUUCAUCAAAUUCAUUUCCAAAAUUCUUCAUCCCCAACCCCCACUUUUUAGGGUCUUUUCACAUUGAUUGAAUUAAACUGUGUAUGGUUUUAAAAUCUCAUGGAACCAAAUCUUACGAUAAUAUAUAGCAAUAUAGCAUCUUCCUAAUAAAUAUUUAAAGUGAUAUCGUGGUGCCUUCCUGAGGAAAUGGAUGACCAAGUUUUUGUUU